GUAAUGUGCCACGUCUACCACAACCUUUCCUAUCGUGUUAUCACUACAGCAUUUUAGGAAGCCAUUGUUCAAAGUGUGUUCAUGCAUACAGUACAAUGGGAGGGGGUGUGGCCUGCACAGGAGAACCAGGAAGUUGAUCUCAGACGUCUAUUUAGGACUGGGAUCCAAUCCGGAGUUGACAGAUUAACAGUGAGGACAAACCUAGUCUGCCUUUCUCCUUUCACAUCGAGUUCAAACCUACAGUCACUGGGUCCUGAUUGUGACAGUGGAGCCCAGUUUGCACUGCAGGAUCCAGAGAUGGCAUCAGUGAAGCUGGAAGACUGCAGUCAAACACUGGAGCUGAACGUCAACAUUAAAGAUGAAGAAGAGGAGGAGAAGAUUUGGAAAUGUGUCAAUCAUGGCCAACGAGGAUUAAGUCUGAUUCAGGUAACAUCAACAGUGAGGACAAACCCAGCCUGCCUCUCUCCUUCCACACUGAGUCCAAACCUACAGUCACUGGGUCCUGAUUGUGACAGUGGAGCCCAGUUUGCUCUGCAGGAUCCAGAGAUGGCAUCAGUGAAGCUGGAAGACUGCAGUCAAACACUGGAGCUGAAUGUGAACAUUAAAGAUGAAGAAGUGGAGGAGAAGAUUGGGAAAUCUGUUUCUCAUGGAUACCAUGUUGAGACAUUCUCUACAUCCAGAGAGCAACAGCAGGAAGAUCACAGAGCUAAGAGGUCUCACCACUGCCCACAUUGUGAGCAGAUUUUCCCAAUUCUAUCAAAGCUAAAAACACACCUAAAAAUGCACACAGAAGAAAAUCUGUAUUCCUGCACUGACUGUGGGAAGAGUUUCACAACAUCAAGGGCUCUGACAGUUCAUCGGAGAGUACACACAGGAGAGAAGCCUUACAACUGCUCUGACUGUGGGGAGAGUUUCUCUCAACAGAGCAAUUUAAAAAAACACCAACGUAUACAUACAGGAGAGAAGCCUUACUCUUGCUCGGCCUGUGGGAGGAGUUUCUCUCAACAGAGCAACUUCAAAAAACACCAACGGAUACACACAGGAGAGAGGCCAUACUCUUGCUCUGACUGUGGAAAAGGCUUCACAACAUCAACUGAGCUAACAGUUCAUCAGAGAACACACACAGGAGAGAAGCCUUACUUCUGCUCUGACUGUGGAAAGAGUUUCUCCCGAUUGGAUACCUUAAAAGUACAUGAACGUGUACAUACAGGAGAGAAACCAUACUCCUGCUCUGACUGUGGAAAAUGCUUCACAACAUCAUCUGAGCUAACAGUUCAUCAGAGAACACACACAGGAGAGAAGCCUUACUUCUGCUCUGACUGUGGAAAAAGUUUCUCCCAAUUGGAGAAGUUAAAAUGUCACCAGCGAAUACAUACAGACCAAAAGUCUUACUUCUGCUCCGACUGUGGGAAGAGUUUCACCCGAUUGGAUACCUUAAAAUGUCACCAGCGUAUACAUACAGGAGAGAAGCCUUACUUCUGUGCCGAUUGUGGGAAGAGUUUCACCCGAUUGGAUACCUUGAAAUGUCACCAACGUAUACAUAAAGGAGAGAAGCCUCAUCACUUCUCUCAGACCAGCUAAGAGUAAAGUCAUAUCACUUCAUUCUCAUCUCAUAAAUGAAGUGGUAACAGUGAAUUUGAUAACAUUUAAGAAAGAAUAAAACACUAUUGGGAUCCUAUUGUUUCUCAGUGUGAGAGAACUGUGCAGAGGAAAGGGUGUGUUAUAGAAUGUUAGCUUCUUGUUAUUUUACUGAUCAGUGAGCACCUUGUCAGUUUUUUAUUUAUUUAAUUUAGCUUUUACUCUAAAGAUAUUGAGAGUACCUUGAAUUUGCCCUUAGGGUUGAAUGCCCUCUGAGGCUUCUCACAUUGUAACAAUGUAGUCUGAUGGCUGACUGAAUGGUACUGCUUCCCUCUGCAGUGUUCUGUGGGAAUGAGUUUGUAGACACAACAUGUGUCAGAGAUGGUGUGAUGAUCAGUUCUCUGUGGUAAUGAGCUGGUAGACACAACAUGUAUCAGAGAUGGUGUGAUGAUCAGUUCUCUGUGGUAAUGAGCUGGUAGACACAACAUGUAUCAGAGAUGGUGUGAUCAGUCUUCACCAUUAGUUUGGGUGGAUUAUUAUAAUUUUUUUGUUUAAUGAUACACAUACUUUGAAACGACUACGUGUUUAUUAAAUUGUCUUACUAGAUGUAUUAUUUGUCAUCAAAUGUAUUUGGUUAACUGCAUUGAACUUGAUGUGCUAAUUAAAAAUAAAUAUUCUACAUGAAUUUGUGCUGGUCAAACUUUGGGUUAUCUAUACAGAUAAUGCAAUAUUUUUGUUUAAUUGAUAUUAUUCAAACUCAUUUAAAUGUCUAUGUAUCUACUGAAUACAUGUCAUUACACCUCUACAUGCCAAUUAGCUAGUCCCCAGUAUGUUCUACAAUACAUACAAAUAAUGUUUUGCAGUAUAAAGGACAUGUUUUCUUAUUUAAAUAAAUGUU